AUGGAACCCUGGGGUACCCCAGAUGGUACUGAAGAUAAAAAAGACUGUACUUGUCCUAUGUUAACGAACUGUGAACGGUUUGACAGAUAUGAUUCAAGCCAUUCCAAAAGCUUUCCUCCGAUUCCGAUAGAUUUAAGUUUGAUUAAAAGGGUGGACGUUGGCACGCGGUCAAAUGCUUUCGAUAGAUCGAAACUCAAACCAACACAGUGUUCUCUAUCAACAUUUCUUUUAUUCAUACUAGUGUAUAGAGCAUGAGUUACUCUUAGCAAUGCGUCUUGGGUCGAGCAGGAAGGUCUAAAACCAAACUGAGUGCUACUAAGCAGAUUAUUGUGAAGCAAAAAGCCCAGCAUUUGCUGAUGGACGAUUUUCUCCAAACUUUUCCUAACAACACACAAAAGCGAUAUUAGCCGAUAAUUCAAAAUGAGAGAGCUAUUGCCCUUUUUAUGAACAGGUGUGAUGGUAGCAACUUUCCAUUGACAGGGAAAGAUAUCUGUUUUAAUCGACGACUGAAAUAUAUGCAAUAACUGUCUUCCUAAAACAGGAAGGCACAAUUGAAUAAAUUCCAGUGACAAGCCGUCAACUCCAACACUAGCCGUAUUAUUCAUCGAUCCAACAGCUUUCACAAUCUCAGUGAGAGAAAUAUGGACGUCCGAAAAUUUUGGUCCGUUAGAAUUGCUGCACAUAGUAGAAGUUCAAAUAUUUUGAGAAAAAGAGCGCCCCGUUUUGAUAUCCAAAACAGUUAAACAAAAAGAUUUCAACGUUGUGUCAACCAAAGUGGAAAGACUUUAUGUUUCUAUACUCUCUCGUUCCUUAAAAUUGCUGUGCACUUACUUUGUAUAUAAAUUACUUAUUUUCUCAUGCGAUUCACUUUGAGAAAGUGAAAAAACUAGAUAUAAACUGCAAACGCGACGCGAAUACAGGAUUUCAUCGAGACCGCGUUGCGACGUGCAGGAUAUCAUAGCGAUCGCGGUAGUGACAGCGCGACCGCACUUUAAAGUAAGUACUGAGGGAAAAGAUAAAGAAUUUUUAUCGAAAAUCUUUUUUGCUAUAAUGAACAUCAUCAUCAUCAUCGGUCGACUGCGAACAAUCGAGGUUUGUGGGUGACAACAAUAUGUUUGCC